AUAAAUGGAUCACGGUCAAAAAAAGGGGGAUGUCCCAAUCCAAUAUAAGGUAGAAUGAAGAAACAAACAAGAUUAGUGUCAUACAUUCCGCCACCAUGUUUCUUAUACUCACAUUUACCGUUUUGAACAUUUUCCUGGCACAUGCAAGCAGUGCUACUGGUUACUUUUGGAGAGACUUCGAUGGAUUCGUUCCACCAGACGCUUUCGUUGCAGCCCGAGAUGAAUAUAACAACCCAAUUUACAUAGGCCAAGCUUUGCACAAAGACUAUCUAGUUCCGGCAAAAAUUUUGCACAACGAUAGGGCGGCGUACUACGAAUAUGGCGGAUGGGCAUAUGAAACGAAGGAUAAUCUGAAGAUCUUCUGCACGAAAGAGCCGGAGCAGUUCGAGUGGAUAUACACGAGUGUCAAAAACCUCAACACAAUUACCGGUCAAUUUUUAGUUAUCGGAGGUUAUGAGUCGGCAAAAUCCACGAUAUACAUCGGUAGGACUAAGAGCGCUGGGUUGGUUCUGAUAGGGAAAGUGGUCGCCGAUAGCUCAAGCGAAGCACUGUACGUUGCCCAAAACGGAAAGAGUCACAGCUACACCAGUUAUGAGGUGCUUUCGUACAAAGAAAAGGACAAAAAUCAGCAGCAUACUACUAGUGUGGUGAAAACCGUUGACCAGAAUGUUCUAAAUUAAAGCACGGUUUUUUUAUCAA